AUGAGUACCAGUAUCCUUUCGGCGACAUGCCGAAGUCACAUUGUUUCGUACAAGCGUCCUCCAGGAGUUGGACUUGGUUGGGGUGACUUUGAUCGCUUCUAUGAAUGGCAGUUACAUGGCCGCAAGGUCCAAAAAUCGAUGGUACAAGCUCAGAGGUUUCAGCAAUCCAACUAUCCCCAUGUGACCUUCAUUUCCGAGUUGACUGGCUGCCUUCAUAUUGUACGAACAGAUUCGACCAAGAUUGGAUCUCGAAGAAAUCUCAAGAAACUCAGCCUGUGGCAGAAGCUCAAAAAUAGGAAGAACUAA